ACAGCCUCGCUGGAUGGAGACAUUAAAGGUAGCAUUGCCCAUUGAAGAUAUGCAAAGAAUUCACCUGCGCUUUACAUUUAAGCAUCGUUCUACUCUUGAAUCUAAAGACAAAGGAGAGAAGAACUUUGCCAUGGCAUUUGUCAAGUUGAUGAAGGAGGAUGGAACAACUCUGCUUGAUGGCUUUCACGAUUUGUCAGUUCUCAAGGGUGAUAGUAAGAAAAUGGAGGAUGCCAACGCUUAUUUGAGUCUGCCUUCCACCCGCAAACAUAUAGAGGUGAAGUCCUCCACCUUAAGUCGAAGUUCAAGCAGUGUUGGAGGUCUCUCAGUAAGCUCAAGAGAUGCCUUUUGCAUUUCCACUCUUGUUUGCUCAACCAAACUAACUCAAAAUGUGGAUUUACUGGGCCUUUUGAAGUGGCGUAUGAAGCCAGAGCUCUUACAGGAAAAUUUGGAAAAACUGAAAUUUGUGGAUGGGGAAGAAAUUGUAAAGUUUCUCCAGGAUACUUUAGAUGCCCUAUUUAAUAUCAUGAUGGAGCAUUCUUGUAGUAAUGAGUAUGACAUUCUUGUCUUCGAUGCACUGAUUUAUAUAAUAGGUCUCAUUGCAGACAGGAAAUUUCAACAUUUCAAUACUGUAUUGGAGGCUUAUAUACAGCAACACUUCAGUGCAACUCUAGCUUACAAGAAACUAAUGGCUGUUUUGAAGACUUAUUUGGAUACUUCCAGCAGAGGAGAAGAAUGUGAACCUAUACUAAGAACCUUGAAAGCCCUGGAAUAUGUCUUCAAGUUCAUAGUUCGGUCAAGGACUCUGUUUUCUCAGCUAUAUGAAGGAAAAGAACUGACAGAAUUUGAAGAAGCUAUGAGGAAGCUCUUUGAAUCUAUUAACAACCUUAUGAAAAGUCAACAUAAAACAACAAUUUUAUUACAGGUGGCUGCCUUGAAAUAUAUUCCAUCUGUUCUCCAUGAUGUAGAAACAGUAUUUGAUGUCAGGUUACUUAGCCAACUCCUGUAUGAAUUUUAUACUUGUAUUCCACCAGAAAAGCUACAGAAGCAAAAAGUGCAAUCCAUGAAUGAAAUAGUAUGCAGCAACCUCUUUAAAAAACAAGAAUGCAGGGACAUUCUGCUUCCUAUUAUUACUGAAGAACUGAAGGGACUGCUGGAUGUCAGAGAAGAGUCGCAGCUGCAUUUCCAUGAGAAGAAGUAUUGUGUUGAAUUACUCAACAGCAUCCUAGAGGUUCUCAGCUGUCAAGAUGCAAACUCAACAUACCAGCAUAUUCAAGAAAUAAUGGUCAACUUGCUACGCACCGUUAAUAGGACUGUCAUUAGAAUGGGAAGAGAUGACCCCUUAACUAGUCACUUUGUGGCCUGCAUGACAGCAAUCCUGAACCAAAUGAGUGACCAACAUUACUCCUCAUACAUUGAAACUUUUGAGACAAGCUCAGAACUAGUGGACUUUUUGAUGGAAACAUUUAUAAUGUUCAAAGACCUCAUUGGAAAAAAUGUCUACCCCUUGGACUGGAUGGCCAUGAGCAUUGUGCAGAACAGGGUGUUUUUGAGAGCAAUCAACAAAUUUUCCGAGACCAUGAACCAGAAAUUUCUGGAAAACAUGAACUUUGAAGAACAGCUGUGGAACAACUAUUUUCAUCUUUCAGUAGCUUUUAUCACCCAGGAUUCCUUGCAGCUUGAACAGUUCUCCCAUGCAAAGUGCAUUAAGAUCCUGAAUAAGUAUGGAGACAUGAGGCGUCUAAUUGGAUUUGCUAUCCGUGACAUGUGGUACAAACUUGGGCAGAAUAAAAUUCGCUUUAUUCCAGGAAUGGUUGGACCAAUCUUAGAAAUGACCCUUAUUCCAGAAGCUGUACUUCGGAAAGCGACUAUCCCCAUUUUUUUUGAUAUGAUGCUGUGUGAAUAUAAAAAAACUGGAGAAUUCAGAAAGUUUGAGAAUGAAAUUAUUUUAAAACUGGACCAUGAAGUGGAAGGUGGACGUGGAGAUGAGCAGUACCUGCAGUUGUUUGAGUCGAUACUCACAGAAUGUUCUUUGCAGUACCCUCAGAUUGCCAAAACAGUUGAAAUUUUCGUGAACUUAGUUAAAGGUCUUUUGGAAAAAUUAUUGGAUUACCGGGCUGUGAUGAAUGAUGAGAGCAAGGACAAUCGAAUGAGUUGCACUGUUAAUUUAUUGAAUUUCUACAAGGACAUUAACCGUGAAGAGAUGUAUAUAAGGUACUUGUAUAAACUUCGAGAUCUUCAUUUGGACUGUGAGAAUUACACUGAGGCUGCAUAUACCCUUCUGCUUCAUGCAUGGCUUCUGAAAUGGUCUGAUGAACAGUGCACUCCUCAAGUCAUGCAAACAGAAUUUCAGGCUUCAAAAACACACCGACAACUGAAAGAACACUUGUAUGAGAAGAUAAUAGAAUACUUUGACAAGGGAAAGAUGUGGGAAGAAGCAUUAUCCUUGUGCAAAGAACUGGCAGAGCAAUAUGAAAUGGAAGUUUUUGACUAUGAGCUUCUAAGCCAGAAUCUGAUACAGCAAGCCAAAUUCUAUGAAAACAUAAUGAAAAUUCUACGGCCUAAGCCAGACUACUUUGCUGUUGGAUAUUAUGGCCAAGGGUUCCCUACAUUUUUAAGGAGCAAAAUGUUCAUAUAUCGUGGUAAGGAAUAUGAACGGAGAGAAGAUUUUCAAGCACAACUGAUAAGCCAUUUUCCAAAUGCUGAAAAAAUGAACACUACUGCACCCCCUGGAGAAGACCUCAAAAACUCUCCUGGUCAAUACAUACAGUGCUUCACAGUGCAGCCAGUUUUGGAAGAACAUCCUCGAUUCAAAAAUAAGCCGGUUCCCGAUCAGAUUAUCAACUUUUACAAAUCUAACUAUGUGCAAAGAUUCCACUAUUCAAGACCAGUAAGAAAAGGAUCCGUUGAUCCAAAAAAUGAAUUUGCCUCAAUGUGGAUUGAGAGAACAUCAUUUGUCACAGCUUACAAACUGCCUGGAAUCCUUCGUUGGUUUGAGGUGAUUUCAAUGUCACAGACAUCAAUUAGUCCUUUGGAGAAUGCCAUAGAAACAAUGUCAACAACAAAUGAGAAGAUUUUGAUGAUGAUUAAUCAAUACCAGAGUGAUGAGAAUCUUCCCAUCAACCCGUUGUCCAUGCUUCUGAAUGGAAUUGUUGACCCGGCAGUUAUGGGAGGGUUUGCUAAAUAUGAGACGGCUUUCUUCACAGAUGAAUACAUCAUGGACCAUCCUGGGGAUCUGGAGAAACUCAAUAGACUCAAAGACCUGAUCGCAUGGCAGAUUCCAUUUCUUGGAGCUGGGAUUAAGAUUCAUGAAAGAAGGGUUUCAGACAGCCUUCGUCCUUUCCAUGAACGUAUGGAAGAAUGUUUCAGGCACUUAAGGAUCAAAGUGGAGAAACAAUAUGGAGUCAGAGAAUUGCCGGAUUUUGAUGAAAAGAGAGUGGGUCGGCCAACAUCCAUGUUGAGAUCGUAUCGUCAGAUGUCUAUUAUUUCGAUGAGCUCUAUGAAUUCAGACUGUGGUACACCCAACAGGACUGCUUCAGAAAGUUUUGAACUGGAGGUCAUGUCACCCAAGGCGAUCAAGUCAGAGUCGUCAGAGAAUGUCCGCCUGAUAAGCAACCCGCCUGAGGUUAAGAUGAGAAAGUACAAGCCAAGAAUGAAGAGGAACAGUGUGGUAUUGCCAGAUGAAAAAGCAGCAUCGGAACUUCCUGAUAUGAAAAGUUUGUCAAGAAAAUAUGAAUUUAUGAGUGCUACCAACCUUUCUGAACAUCUGGCUGUUCCUCAGAAAACAUCUGUUCUCAAGCAAAUGAGCUUUGCCAGUCGUUCUAUGCCAACUAUACCAGGAGCAACACUGUCAGUGUGCUACCCAUCAACUGAAGAUCCAAAUACUUCUCAGAGGAUGAGUCAAUUGAGCACCCUUCCAGUCUUGGAACUAGACCGGAAAACUAUGAAGAAGAAAAAAGUGAACCAGUACUUCAAGACAAUAUACAAAACCAAACAAUCUGAAGAUGGAAAGCAGGCUGCUGAGCGGCACUCUGAUUUAUCCACAGACCUAUGAAUGCAUUCUGUCCUCAGGAAGAGAAGUAACUUCCUAGCAAGUGGAAAGACAAAUUCCAAAGAAAAAAUGAGGACUGACUUAAGGGAAGUUUGAUACUAAAUAUAAAGUCUUUGCAGAAUCUGUACAUUUAGUGCUUAUUCCAUGCAUUUUGAAUUAUGGGCAUGCAUGGAAUAAUCAUUUAAAAUGUUUACUAUUAUAUUCCAGUAUUCUAUAAAGAACCAUAAAUUAUUGGAAUCCUUGUUAAUCUGAGGUUGGUUUAGAGACCCCCAUGGAUUCUACUUAUGCAGUGGGGCAUCACAGUAGGCCUGCACUUACCAAUGUGCACAGAAUAUAAUGCACAUUUCUGUAGCUGUACAGAAAGCAUACAUGCUUAUGUUUGCACUUGUAUGUUGUAUAUAUGCUUGCUUCUGAGUUCUAUAAUGUAUAUAGGAUUCCUGUGCACUCACCGGCUUGCAUAUGUUUACAGUAAAUUUCCGAUAUGGCUUAAUGAUUGACUGAAACUAUGUUUUGUUAAAGGAUAAGUAAUAUGUGUCAUUUAUAUGCCUUAUACUGAGUCAGUCAUUGGUUUAUCAAGGUUAAUAUUGUCUGGUGGGCAACAAAGUCUUGUCUAAAUGUAGUUCAUAUAACCUACUAUCUUUUAACUGGAAAUACUGAGGAUUGAACUUGGGACCUCUGCAUACAAAGCAGAUGCUGCACCAUUGAGCCAUGGCCCAACCCCAAUUCCAUCAAAACGUGUAUUGCAGUGAGUUAUUUUCUUUUUGUACUGAACCCAAAACUGAAGGACACACAAAAAGUUGAAAACAAUGGUAAUUCUUUUGCAAUUGACGUUUUUCCAAAUUUAAGAUGAAAAAAUCCUCUUCCCUUCUUCAUGUACAGUAUCCCUAAAUUUGUUCUUCUAGUAAUUUAGCAUUAAAAUAUUACAGUUUUUGCUCCCAUUAAAUAAUCAGCAUAAUCAUUCUGUAUUCUGUAUAUUAAUCCCUUCUUGUUGAUUGUGGAACUAGCCCUACAGUUUGGCUUCAGAUAGAAUUGAUUUUAUCUUUCUGACACUGACUAGUUCUUCCUUUUGAUACAGCAGGUUUUAAUUAAUUUCCACAAGAUAAAAGUGUGACUAUGCAGAUUUUUUUCUCAUAACCAAUUCUUUUUAAGAACUCAACACAUCCAAUUUUAUGUGAGCUUACUAUGAAGCAUCGCAACUUAAUUAUGUCAAAAUAUUAAUUUGCUUGAUUUGCUUGCUUUAACAUGAAAGUUACAAACUUUAAUCCAUCCUUUAUGGAUGUGUGGAAGUCUAAAAGUCUUCUUCCUUUUACAGACUGGUGUUCUGCCUUUUGUACUCCAUUGCUGGAGUACUUCUUGUAGUUUGUGAAAUUGGACGAGUGCUAGAAGCAUGUCCACUCAGAGCACCAAUUCAGCAGCAAUCAUUGGCACAGACUUCCUGCCCAAAGGUGACUGCAGAUCCAUCAGACAGAGCAAUGCAAUGAUUAUAUGUCGUUGGAGCAAAGUCUAGAAGAAACCAUACUGCUAAAAUAUUUGGGCUACAUGUCAUAGUACCCAAUAAUCAGUUUAUCUAGUUAUUAUCAGGAAAGAAAAUCUUCCUCAGAUUUCUAAAAUUUUGUCUAAAUGUCAAUAAGAUUUCACCAGAUACAUUGCCCAAGCAUUUCAUGGUGGUGCCUUGAGUAGUUUACUCUUCAUGGUGGUGCCUUUUGUAGAACUGAGUAUGCUACCCAGAGCUUCUUGUAUUUUUGAGCUGAAAUUAUGGUACAUCCGGUGGGGAGUUGUUAAUAGGUAAAUGGCCUGUAUUUCAACAGCUGAAACAGUUUUGCAGGUGUCAAUCAACCAGUUAACCAAGCACAUAUUUGAGGUUCCCCAGUUAACCAAGUAGUGCCUCAUCAGGGCUAUUAUGGAUUUGGAAAAUGGCACAGAGAGCAGCAUAAGGGGGGAGCUGGUGGAAUUAUUCUCUCCCACUGUGCAUGGUGUUAACCCCAUGCAUGCCACAAUCUCAACUCAGACUAUGCACACAGGUGGAAACUGAGGGAAACCUGCAACUCACAUUGAUUAUUAUAAUGGGUAGGGUCCUGGGCCCCAACCUAUUUUGCUUCCUUGGAAAUCUUUAAUUUGGUGAAAAGGCCCCUUACAAAUGUUUUAAAUAAAUGAACAAACCUAUUUACUCCAUAAUGUGUGACUGAGAACUGUGGUGUUUGUUCGCAAGUACACUCUGGCAUGCAAACCAGAGGAAAAUUCAAAGCAAAAAUAAAUGCAGUUUUUGCAGCCAUCCUAAAAUGUCUCUUAUACAAAUGUGUGUGUUAACAGCACAACACUUCCCAUUUUUUCUUUCACUUCAACUGGAGGUGAUUGACUUCUGCUGUUAAUAAACAUUAUUGUCAUUUAAAUAGCUUCAUAAAAUGU